UGGAAACCAUAGAAACCAACUGAAGCUUGCAAUGAAUGCUAUGCUAAUGCUAAGCAUAGCUUGCUAUGUUUUCAUAGUCGCUCGCUUCCGGACAGCUACAGCUAUAGCGUUAGAAGUAACCACCUGUUCGCAUUGAGUAAAGCAUAUAAAACGAGCUACUAGUUCGCUUUGCUGUAAAACAAAGCAGGCAAGCUAAUUUAUGAGCUACUUGUCACUUCUUGCGUUAUUUUCCUGCAAUGUUCAAAGCAAAAAUCCUUCUCAUUGGACCCACUGAGAGUGGGAAAACGGUCCUCGCAAAUUUCCUCUCCGACACAACGGAAACGGUGGGAGGUGAAUACAGUCCCACACAAGGAGUCAGGAUCCUGGAAUUCGAAUCCCAAAAUCAAGGCAGCGGUGACAAAUCAACAUGUGAUGUGGAGCUGUGGGACUGCGCAGGGGACUUCAAAUUUGAGUCAUGCUGGCCGGCGUUAAUGAAGGACUCCAACGGUGUGGUGAUCGUCUUCAACCCGGACGUCCCCAGCCACCUGAAAGAGAUCGAGACAUGGCACGCCAUGUUCAUCGCCCCCCAGGGCCUGCAGGACGCCCAGUGCCUGCUGAUAUCACACCACAAGCCUGGCAGUGGAGACAGCGAUGAUCGCCUCCCUCUGGCCGCCCAUCUGAGCAGACUGCCCCUCAUCAACUCCAACCUGGAGGACGAGCCUGAGGAGGUGAGGCAAGCGUUCCACAGAUACCUGGGAAACAUUGUGACCACGCUGUCCGAAAGUAGAGAGCGGGAGGAGAUGUCUAUCAUUACGUAGCCGUCCACCUUAAUGUUAAUAUUGCUGGUUAGCUAUGUGUCUUUGCCUCUAAUUCAUGAAUAGUUGUAAAGGUUACAGCCUAUUUGAUUUGUUGAUCAAAGUAAAGCUUUGUUUAUGUUAUUUUUAUAUUUUAUUACAUUGGUAUAAGUUAAAAUGCUCAUCUACUCUUAGCUGUAAAUGCAAGGGUUGUUAGCGCCUUGUGAGUACAUUUUAUCGACGGAGAUAACUGUAUAUUGUAAAAUCUAUGGAUGAAAUGAAAAUCAGUUGAUUAGAAUUUUUCUGUCAAGCAAAGUAGCAUAUAAUGUUCUGAAGAAAAUAAACCAAUCACAUUUCAUA